AUGGCUAUGAAAGUAAUUAGAUUCUACCCAAUAUGGUUUCUGGGAAUUGUAGUAAUGUUGGGAACUGGUGCAAGGAAUGCAAGUGCAAUUAGCUGUUUGGAAGCCAUUAUAGAGUUGAUGCCUUGCCAAGAUUAUCUGUUAGGGAGCAGCAGCGGGGUGACGGUUCUUUGCUGCGAGGGGGCUCAGGAAUUGAACCAGAUCGCCUCUUAUUCGUCGGAGCGCAGAAAUUUGUGCGAGUGUUUUAAGACGACGGCAGCGGCCAUGGGGGUUAAUGCUGAUUGGGCUAAGCUACUUCCCAUACAGGGGCAGAUCCAAGAAAUUGAGUGA